AUAAAUACAGUCAAAUGUCAGAAAUGAGUCAAAGAUUGAUGGAUGAAAUGUCAAAGGUUCAAAAUUCAUACGCAGACUUUUCGCACUUUACUGCACAGAUAGACGCAAUUAGUCAACAGGCUAUUCAGAUGGAAAAGACAGCAAAAGCGCUAGAUGAAUAUUCUCGACACUUGGAGAAUAAGCUUCAACUUCGUCCAGCAUGAUUUUUGAGUCAUUGUGACUUUUUUGACUUUGAAGUUUUGAUUAAAUCCCUCUCUUUCUCUCUCUUUCUCUCCUCCCACCCUCUUGUCCGAUUCCUUCACCUCUUUUUUUUUUAUUUAUUUUCGAGUGAAAAACUAAAGACAUUAGAAUAAACCAUGUCCAGACCUGCUCUUUCUCUUUUGACCCAACGCUCACUUAGAAGCAACUUUGGUGGUGUAUUGAGAGCACCAGCUGUUUUGGUUAGACAGAUUGGCAGUGUACCCACCCCUGUUUCAGAGAUCACCCACCCAGACAAUGAUGUACCCCAGCAGACACUCGAUCAAGUGAAGCAGUUCAACAAGUACACAGUCACUACCUACAAUCGCCCAGAUAUCGUUAUCUCUCGCGGAAAAGGAUCUUAUCUCUACGACACCAGCGAUCGAGCCUACCUUGAUUUCACAGCAGGAAUCGCCGUCACAGCCCUGGGCCACUCUGACGAAGAGGUUGCCAAGGUACUCUACGAACAGGCACAGAAGCUAGUGCACACCAGCAACCUCUACCACAACGAACACGCCGGUGCACUGGCAGAGAAACUUGUCACUGCCACCCAAAAGAGCGGCGGAUCAUGGGCUGACAAACUAUUCUUGGCAAACUCUGGCACCGAAGCCAACGAGGGUGCACUCAAGUUUGCUCGCAAGUGGGGUAAGGAUGUUGCUGGUCCCGAGAAGAUGGAGAUCGUCUGCUUCACAAACGCUUUUCACGGCCGUAGCAUGGGCGCUCUUUCGGCCACUUUCAACCCAAAGUACCAGAAGCCAUUCGCUCCCCUUGUGCCUGGAUUUGUCACUGCUCCAUUCAACGACACCCAAAAGGCUGUCGAGGCCAUCACUGAGCGAACCUGCGGUGUGAUUAUCGAGCCAAUUCAGGGUGAGGGUGGUGUCCACGCUGCCAAGGAUGAGUUCAUUGAGGCAAUUCGUGAAAAGUGCACAAAGGUCAAUGCCUUGUUGAUCUUUGAUGAGAUCCAGUGUGGUCUCGGUCGAUCUGGUAAGCUUUGGGGUCACCAGCAUUUUAGCAGCAAGUGCAUUCCUGAUAUUCUCACCAUGGCUAAGCCUCUUGCCAAUGGUGUACCAAUUGGUGCUAUCUUGACCAACGAGAAGGUUGGAAAGCUUAUCCAAGCAGGUGAUCACGGUACUACAUUUGGUGGUAACCCUCUUGCCUCUGCUGUUGCCUUGAACGUGGUUGGUCGUAUUAGCAAAGACGAGUUCAUCAAGGCUGUGAACGAAAAGGGUGCUGCCCUCAAGGAGGAUCUUGAGGCACUCCAGGCCGCCUAUCCUGGUGUCAUAAAGGCUGUCCGUGGCAAGGGUCUCCUUCUCGGUGUAGAAUUUACCAAGGAUCCCUCUCCAAUUGUCAAGAUGGCUCGUGAGCGCGGUCUUUUGGUCGUUACUGCUGGAUGCAACACUGUUCGUGUGAUCCCUGCCCUCACAAUCAGCAAAGAGGAGGCCCGUGAAGGUGUUGCUCGUUUUGCCGGUGCUGUUGAGCAGUUCUCCAAGUCCAGCUAAAUAUAAAUUAGAUUAUCCUUGAAAAUAAUAAUAACACACACAUAUAUAUAUAUUAUAUACAAGUACACAUUUUUUGACACAUAAAACAAUACGCAUACGCAUAUACAUACACACUAUACUAUAUUAUAUUAUAUAAAAUAAGGGUACAAUAUUGGCAUCAACCUUGUAGCAUUUACUUUAUCCAUAUAUGCAUAUAUUCAACACUUUAAUACAUAUUAUAAAAUACUC